AUGAAAGGGUCGAAGGAAGUCUUAAGAGGCAUGAAGAAACAAGGCUUGUAUACCCUUGAGGCUGAAGUUGUCAGUGGUUAUACAGAUGUUGCAUCCAUGAAACCUUUGUCGAAGACAAAAGUUUGGCACAUGAUAUCAGGCCAUGUAAGUGAAAGGGGCCUGGUCGAAUUGGGGAAUCAAAAUCUACUUGGUGGAGACAAAGUCGAAAAGCUGAAGUUUUGUGAACUAUGUGUACUUGGAAAAUCUUGCAGAGUGAAGUUCAAUAGAGGCAAACAAAGAACAUAUGGAUCCCUUGAUUACAUCCAUGUUGAUCUUGGGGGCCUGAAAAUUGAUGAAGCUAUUAGAAGUGAACAUAUAUUUGAAGAAGAGUUGGAACAUGAAAAGAUUCCUGUUGAGGUAGAGCAUAUCGAUGUUGAAUUGCAUAUCCCAAACCAAGUUGAAGAAGAAGCAUAA